CAUCUUCUCCUUUUGCGAAUCCGUGUUCUUCUCGGUUCUUCUUUUGGAGGAGGAGUUAGGGCUACAAAUUCUAUAAGCCCCCUUCCCUGUAAGAUUCGCCAUUAAUUCUUCUCUCGUUUUUCUGCAACGAUGCUGCUAUCUCCAGGGAAUUCUCCGCGUCACCUUUCAUCUCCUUCGCCAUCUGUUUCCGAAAGGUCAAUCGAAAACCCUAACCGGAUCUCUUCAACCGCAGCGGCAACACCUACAAGAAAUCAACAGACCGUUCUCGAUGAAGAUACCUAUGUCGCCUCCAUCGAGAAGAUCAUUGAGCGUGACUUCUUCCCAGAUAUCCCCAAGCUCCGUGACCGCCUGGAUUGGCUCGAAGCAAUUCGGAGCGGAGAUCCUGUCCAAAUUCGCGAUGUGCAAUUAAAGAUCAUCGAGCGCCGUCGUGGAAAAGCUCUUAAUCUUGGCUCCACAAAAGGUAAAUCACGAACACCUGGAUCGACUUUCUUCAGAACUAGUACGACUCCUUUUGAAUUUGAUAGAGCUACCCCUUCUGUUGCUAAUAAUGAGAAUUUGGGUGAUAAUGAUACGUCUAGUGAUGAUGCUCUAAUUGAUCCUAGUUACUCACUUGAUCAGUUCUUUAGGAGGUACACUAGUGAGGACAAUGAUAGUUUUUCGAAAAUCAUAGAAAAAGUUAAUAGGAAGAGGAAGGAGAGGUAUGGGUACUUGACAGAAGGGGAAAACGAGGAUGAUGUUCAAUCGAUCGAAGAUGCAAAGAGGGAUCGAAUUACUGACGGAUAUGGAACAUCAGAUCAGCCACCUAGUACAUUGGAAGGAUGUAAAUAUAUUGCAAAGAAUUUAUUGAUGUACCAUCCUGCUGAUCGAGGUGAGGCUCCAUUAACAGAAGCAGAAAGAGCGGAAAGGUUAAAGUGUUUAACAAAAGAAAUUAACAUGUCCAAUACUCGUUUUCACGGAAAAAUGAUAAAUGAUAUACCAAAAGAGGAGAACCCCAUGUCGGUUCUGUAUACUCCUGUUUCCGGCUCAACUCCAGGCCCCUUUUCUUUAUCAGAUAGAGAAGGGGAUAAGUUUAAGAAAUACGAUUUGGAAGACUUGAAGAAAACCCCAAACCCAUACUAUUUAGAAUCCUCUAAGAAGGCUGACAAUGGUUACAACUUUGUUCGAACUCCAUCACCUGCUCCUGGUGCAGAUGAAUCUCCUUUUAUAACAUGGGGAGAAAUCGAAGGGACUCCACUAAGAUUAGAUCUUGAGGAAACUCCAAUCGACAUUGGUGGAAGUGGAGAUGGGCCUCGGUUUAAGAUCCCAUUCCCGCCUACUAGAGAUUUAAAGGCACAUUCUUUGUCUAGAGAUGCAGCUCGUAAGGUGAGGGAUAGGUCUAGAAUGUUCCAGAAACCACCAUUGCCAUCACCCGUUAGAGGGGGAAGUGCUAGCCCUAGUGCAAGAACACUGUCACCUGCUGCUCAGAAAUUUGUUCGUAAUGCAAUUGCAAGAUCUUCCCACAAUGUUGAUAAGGAUCUCCGGGCUUCUUAUAGAGGAGGGGCAAGCCCGGGGCUUUCUACUCCAAAAAGUGUUAGGAGUAUGUCCAGGUUAGGGAGAGAAGAUGAGAGCUUAAGUACUAGAUCACCUUCUGUCAGGGAUGGCUUAAAUACACCUUGGUGAAGAGAUGUGCCUACUAUUAUGACUGUAAUAUGCUGCUUCUGCCAUUUGAAUCUAUGUAAGUUUGAAUCAUGUGUUAAAACUUAAAAGACUAUUUACUAUUACUGUUUGGAAGCAAACUUGUUAUGUUUU